AUGGCGACGAAUCUGAGCCGUCGAUUCUCAUCAACGAUCGUAACGAAAGCCGAGCCUCUGGCUCGCUUAGCUGUCAACUCAGUGAGCCGGCUCUUGUCCUCCUCGACCGGGCAAUCUCAACCGGAGCGCGAAAACGCGGAGGUGAAAUACGACGGAAGCGCCAAACCGGACGACAGAAAGAGUGAAAAGCCAACUGAGGAUGGUGAAGAUGAGUUGGACUUGAAUAAAGAGACGGGUGAGAUCGGCGGGUCGAAAGGGCCCGAGCCGACCCUGUACGGCGAUUGGGAAAAAAACGAUUAG